AUGGGCCUGCUCGCGUUCCUCAAGACCCAGUUCAUCGUGCACCUCCUCAUCGGGUUCAUCUUCGUGGUGAGCGGGCUCAUCAUCAAUUUCAUCCAGCUAUGCACACUAGUCCUCUGGCCCAUCAAUAAGCAGCUGUACCGCCGGUUAAACUGUCACCUUGCCUACUCGCUGUGGAGCCAGCUGGUCAUGCUCCUGGAGUGGUGGUCGUGCACAGAGUGUACCCUGUUUACGGACCAGGCCACGAUAGACCGGUUCGGGAAGGAGCACGCGGUUAUCAUCCUCAACCACAACUUCGAGAUCGACUUCCUCUGUGGAUGGACAAUUAGUGAGCGGUUUGGCAUGCUGGGGAGCUCUAAAGUCCUCGCCAAGAAGGAGCUGCUCUACGUCCCGCUCAUUGGCUGGACGUGGUACUUCUUGGAGAUUGUAUUCUGCAAACGGAAAUGGGAAGAAGACAGGGAGACUGUGAUUCAAGGGCUGAAGCGUUUGUCAGACUACCCCAAGUUCAUGUGGUUCCUUCUGUACUGCGAGGGGACACGCUUCACAGAGACAAAGCAUCGUGUCAGCAUGGAGGUGGCCGCCGCCAAGGGGCUGCCCCCGCUCAAGUACCAUCUGCUGCCUCGAACCAAGGGCUUCACUACCGCAAUCCAGUGCCUCCGGGGGACAGUCACUGCUAUCUACGAUGUCACGCUAAAUUUCAGAGGGAACAAGAACCCGUCUCUGCUGGGGAUCCUCUAUGGGAAGAAGUAUGAAGCAGACAUGUGUGUGAGGAGGUAUCCUCUGGAAGAGAUCCCACAGGAUGAGAAUGAAGCGGCUCAGUGGCUUCAUAAACUGUACCAGGAGAAGGAUGCAUUACAAGAGACAUACAAUCAGAAAGGCGUUUUUCCAGGGCAGCAGUUUAAACCUGCCAGACGGCCAUGGACUCUCCUCAACUUCUUCUUCUGGGCCACCAUUCUCCUGUCUUCCCUUUUCAGUUUUGUCUUGAGCGUCUUUGCAAGUGGAUCCCCUCUCCUGAUCCUUACAUUCUUGGGCUUUGUUGGAGCAGCAUCCUUUGGAGUCCGCAGACUGAUUGGAGUAACAGAGAUAGAAAAAGGCUCCAAUUAUGGAAACCAAGAAUUUAAGAAAAAGGAAUAA